AUGUCAAAAGAGGCGAAAAUCGAUAUGAUGCUUCCAUCAGAGCAAAAACAGUAUCGUCUAAAAACUAAUUUAUACAUGGCGAUUUUCAUAAUAAUAUUUGUAAUGAUAUUUCCCUCGUAUUAUAAAAUUAAUGAUUAUUAUCUGCCUGAUUCUAUAGAAAAUGAUUUUGAUAUUGAUAAUAGCAAUAGUAACAAUAAAAAUUAUGGAAUCAAUACAUCAGGACACUACAAAAUUCUACUUCUGAUCACAUCUCAGAUGGAAGAGUACCAACAUCGUAAAUUAUUACGAAGCGUUUUGUUUGGUAUAAAUGAUAAUAUAGAUCCUUGUAUGAAAUAUGACACAAAUAUUUAUUAUAAGUUUUUAAUUCCUCCAUAUAACGUUAGUAAACAAAUGUACAAAAGUUUUGUUAGUGAAAGUGUAGAAUAUAAUGACAUAGUCGAAUUUCAACAUUUACCUGAUUUAAAUCUGAAUUUUACUCAAGAAAUUGUUCUUAAUUGGACUCAGUCGCUAAAAAAUUCUGGCAUAUCAUUUGAUUUUGCGGUACUUCUUGAUAACAACUCCAUCAUAAAUCUUUCAAAGCUUAAAAGGAUCAUAUCCACUUUCAAUAUCUCUCCAAUUCAACUUCAAUAUCUUAUAUGGGGUCGAUUUGACGAUUCUUUUGCUGAAGAUAUUUUUGUAAUUCUUGGAAAUAAAGCUAUUCAAACAAUCCUAGCUAAUAAAGACCUCAUUAAAAAGUCUGAUAAUCAAAACAUAAUCAAACAUGCUUAUUUAUAUACAAAAGACAGACAUACAUCUCUUUCAGAUAAUUGGAAUAAAUUGCAUUUCAUUAAUGAUGAUAAAAGAUUUAUCACCCUCCCUGAAAGAUUUGAUCUAAUUCCUAAAAAAACCAUAAUGGUUAGAAAACUAUCCUCAGAAGAAGAGCUAAUCAAAGUUUCUAUUCACCUUUUAAUUCCACCCAUAUCUGUUUGUCGCUCUCACAUUCCACUAUACGGAGAACCAUCAAUAGCUAUAGUAACUAGCUCUUAUUCCUAUGACAAUAUUAAUAAUUGUUCUCCAUCAAUGCUAGAUGUAGCCUACAUGUUAUCAGAAAACAAACGAGCUUAUGCUCAAAAACAUGGUUACGCAUUUAUUCCAAGAUCCUUAGAAUUUCAAUUACAAAAUGAUUCUAACCUAAAUUUGUGGGGAAAAAUUGAUGCCGUGAAAAAAGUUUUACCUUAUUAUGAUUGGGUACUUUGGAUUGAUAAUGAUGCAAUUAUCACAAAUCAAGAGAUUUCUAUUAUGGAACUUUUUACAAGAUUUUAUCAACUUUUAAAAGAUAAGAUUGAUACGAAAAAUAGUGUUAAUGAAAAAAUCAUUGAAAAUGAAAAGAUGGUUCAUCAUAAAAAGCUUGAUAAAAGAGAAUUUUCACUCGAUGAUAAUGAAAGAUAUUAUGAUGAGGGAGGUCCGUUGGAUUAUGCUGAAGAUGAUGAUGUAAAUUAUGAUCAUGAAAGUUUAUUUGAUGAUUUUGAUUUUAGUGAUGAGGAUGAAGAGUAUUACGAUUAUUUUAAUGAGGAUGAUUCUGAUGAUGAUGUUUAUGAUUUUAUUGAAGAUGAAGAUGAAGGCAUAGGUGAAAGCGAAGAUGAAGGUUUCGCAAAACUGAAAAGAUCUGAAGAUGGUGUGAAACUACUUGAUGAGAGGAUACAUUUUAUAGUAUCCAGGCCUAAAAAAGAUACAAUAACUAAUACAGGAGCGUUUUUGAUUAAGAAUUCUGAAUGGAGUUUUGAAUUUUUGAAAAAAGUGCAAGAAAUAAAUAAUUUGCAAGAUGAUAAAAAGACUGAACAAACAUCUAUGUGGAAACUUAUUGAUCAAUACCUCAGUCUAAGGGAUCGUAUAUUGUUGCUAGAUAAUGAUGACCAUACAUUUGAAACAUUCCCUGAUGUUUGGCAAAAUGAUGAUUUUAUUCUUCAUUUUGCUUCUAAUGAUUGUAGCGCUAAAUUUAUAUUAGAUUAUUUUAAAAAAAAAAAUUAA